AUGAAGGGACUUCUCGGUGCUGCCGCCCUCUCGCUGGCGGUUAACGAGGUUGCCGGGCAUUACAUUUUUCAGCAGCUGAGCACUUCAUCUGGGAAGCACGAUGUGUUCCAGUAUGUUCGCAAGAACUCGAACUACAAUUCGCCUGUCACCGAUCUUUCGUCCAACGACCUGCGGUGUAACGUUGGCGCGAGCGGUUCCGGGACUGCCACCGUCGCGGUCAAGGCAGGUGAAAGCAUCACCUUCACGGCAGACGUCGCCGUGUAUCACCAGGGUCCUGUCUCGUUUUACAUGUCCAAGGCCCCCGGCGCUGCCAGCUCGUACGACGGGUCUGGUGGCUGGUUCAAGAUCAAGGAUAUUGGACCCAGCUUUUCCGGAGGUUCCGCUACCUGGGACUUGGGCACCACCUACACUGCCCAGAUCCCUAGCUGCAUCCCUGACGGUGACUACCUGAUCCGUAUCCAGCAGCUCGGCAUUCACAACCCCUGGCCCGGUGGAAUUCCCCAGUUCUACAUCGCCUGCGCCCAGGUUACCGUCUCCGGCGGUGGCAGCGCGAGCCCGGCGACCGUGUCCAUCCCGGGCGCCUUCAAGGAGACCGACCCUGGCUACACCGCCAACAUCUACUCCAACUUCAACAGCUACACCGUCCCCGGCCCCUCCGUCUUCACCUGCGGCGGCAACAACGGCGGCGGUUCCAACCCGGGCAACGGUGGCUCUCCCACCACCACCCUCGCCACCAGCACUGUGCGCCCGCCUGCCCAGACCUCGACCCCCUCGGGCUGCACGGUCGAGAAGUGGGGACAAUGCGGCGGCUCGGGCUUCUCCGGCUGCACGACCUGCGCCUCGGGCUCGACCUGCAAGGCAACCAACGACUACUACAGCCAGUGCGUGUAA